AUGGCUGCUCGUAAAUUUCCUCCAGAAUCUACGGAGGAUCACCGUUGCCCGAAGUCUGGAGACUGUAGCGUUGAGACGGGGUUGGACUUGAAACCUAUAGAAGAUGCCAAGGCAUCGCAUAUGACAGAGGGAGACGACUGGUUUCCUGCUUCCCAGUGGCCUAGCAGCGGGAGCAACAGCGGUAAUAGUACAGUUCGGUGUGGCAGUUAUAUGCAACCCCAAACACAUGUGCCACCUGUCAAUUUGGUGACACCGGCGACAUCCUCCGCAAAUACCCGUGAAUUAUUUCGGGGCUCUCUGCGGCAAGGGGAUUACUUGAGUGCACAGGAACAAGUAGGCUGCGAUGUCGCCUUAGAAUCAGUUUUGGGAAUACCGGAGGAUGGUGGCGGAACUUCUGCAGCUCUCUCCCUUGAGGGGACUGGCUCUCCUAAGACUUCAACGAUUGCAUCCUCUUUAGGAGUCGAUGGUGUCACAGUUGGACGGUCCCAGCUGCCACAACACAGUAGCGGAUCACCGACAAAUCGAAACGGCACCAAGACGUCACUUGUUUGUGGGCCCCUCUCUGUACAACAAACGCUGACAGAGCGUCAGCUGGACAUCGACAAGCGAAUGCAAGAAGUACGACAGCAAAACAGACGUCGCUUACAUCGAAGGCAGCAAGAAGCAAAAGAACAGCAGCUACAACGCAUAAAAGAACAGCGUGAAGCUCUGUUAGCUAGGAGGGAAAGGAUAAAGCUAGCGUCAUUAUGGAAAGAGAGAGGAAUGGCCGCGGCAGCUAGGCCGUCAACAGUUUCCAAGGGACAAAAAAAAAUUGAGCGCCUUCCUUCGGACGCUUCUCACCCGACAGAAGAUGACAGUCGAAGCGCAGAUGACUUACUCGCAGCACUGGUGAUUUCAGAAUCGAUAUCCCUUCAGACCGAACUCGGAAGUACGGGGGAAGCCGCCAGUGCAGAAUUGGCGAAAAUAGAAUCUCGUUCACCUUCACAUAUCCAUUGCCGCCUCCGUUUGCCAAAUGAGAGAAAUGUCUCAAAAGGUCCUCCAACAGCGCAGCCUACGGUAUCUGUUUCUUCAAGUUAUCAACAAUACAAAACUUUGCCCUUGGAUAUAGGCCGGAAUAGAGCGAGACAACCCACUGAUGAACCCAAAACAUCAAGCGUAGGCAUGUCUGUUUCGGAAGUCGGUAGUAGUAAAUCUACAGAGCAGACCAACGGGACCCUCCCCAACACGUUGCUUAGUUGUCAGUUCCAGAAUAGCCUGAAUUCGUCACAAAGGGUGGGAUAUUUAGGCCGGCAGCUCCAAGGCAUGCCAGCUGUUCCUUACAGUUCCGGCGGAUCGCUGCAUCCCCAUGAAAGAGCCUUCCCGUUAGCCCUGCGUCGUCUUGCAAAGCCACAGAUGAAGGAGGCUGCUGCGGAGAAGGCAAAGAGGACCUUUUUUCAACGCGGGGGGCACCAAACAUGCACUUUACUGAGUUACGAGGAAGGCGAACACAAAAAACACAUGCAGUUUAAAAGCAGGUCGGCGGUUGUCGUGGCUGAUCAGCAGCUUAAGAAGCAAGUCGACGUUCAACUACAGCAACAUCAGCAUCAUUCUGUCUCCAUCAGCUGCAUAUGCACGAAAUAG